UAAAUAAAUUUAAAAUUAGUUAUCAAAGAAUUGGAACCAACAUUAUAACGACGACCGAAAAUCCUUUCAGCACCACGUUGUGGCCAGAUCCUCAACCGGGCGAUAAGGUACACAUCACAGUAAAUGUCGCCGGUUAUAAAAAUGAAGAGUACAAGAAGAACCCUUUACAGAAACAGUUUAAAACUGCUGUUUCUGAUAUGGCAACUGAAUACUGCAAGAACAACAAUAUUGAAUUGAAUGCACCAAUAGAUUCAAGCAAUGUCGCAUUGGCUGAGAUGCAAGCAUGCCCAUACAAUUGGCCUCGCAAUGAUGAGUGCGUCGAGAUCAGGUUUGCUGUUUCGGUGAGCGCCAAAAAUAAGUCUCGCGGAUACGAGCUGAAAGCUGGACACUUGGAACAGAUGUGGGAACAUUACGAAGCUCAGUUGAAACCUUACAGGUUUUCCAUUUACAGAUUACCAGAAUAUAGUGAAACGAUGAUUGGCUGGGCCGUUCCAAUGGCUAUAAUCAUCCUAAUUAUUAUCAUUAUAAUAGGAAUACUGUUUAGUAUUAACUACUUCAAAAUCAAAGCGUUUAUUGAAAACAAAAAGGAUAAUAUAGAAGAUGACCCUGAUAACGGAAUGAAUAGUACUUAUGACGGAAUGCAUCCUUGCAAGUUUCAGGAAACGGGCGAUAUUGUCGAAAAUCAAGUUCAUGAAAGAUCAUUUCAUUAUGACAACGUUGUUAACUUAUCGGAUGACUCAGAAACGGAAAUUUAAAUUAUUAAUGAUAAUAAAAAUAUAAACGUUUCUAAACACAAACAAAUUUCAUUCAUCAUAUCUUAAUA